AUGUCAGGUAUUGCGUUCCGUGUACCCCUCACUAGUGAGGAAAAGCAAGCAUUUUCCCAGCACUUUUCUCGGUUAGAUAGAGAACAAUUGGGAAUUGUGACUGGAGAAGCUUUAAGACCUUUGUUUAGUCAAUCAGGGUUAACUCCGCAACAGUUGUCGCAAAUAUGGACCAUUUGCGAUACCGAAAACGCGGGCUUCUUAACUGUUGAUCAAUUUAACGCCGCUCUAAGAAUGGUUGCGCACUUACAGGAAAAUCCAGGUGCGCAAGUUACUUUAGAAUUGUAUCAGACUCCUGCUUCGAAGCUCCCUUCAUUCGGACAAAGUCAAAAGUUCAACUCUGCUUCUACACAACCAUCUAUCCCACCACCAUCAAAUCAGUCUCAUUCUGUCCAGAGAGUCCCCUCUGUUAUCAAUAGAUCGGUGAGCAGAACUAAUACGGGUUCGUCGCCAACUUAUUCCGUCAUUCCUGUAUGCACUCCUCAUGAUUAUGCCAAGUUUGCCCAAUUAUUUGACAGAUCAACGGAAGAAAGCGGUUUCCUAGCUGGUAAUAAAGCAAGAGAAAUCUUCCUUAAAGCAAAGUUACCAACUCAAACUCUAGGUACUAUUUGGGGGUUGUGUGACAGGAGCAAUAGCGGAAGCUUGGAUAAAGUGGAGUUUGUUAUGGCGAUGCAUUUGAUUCAGCUAACACUACAGCAAAACGCAGCCGUUCAAAACUUACCUUCUACUUUGCCAAAUUAUUUGUGGAAUUCUUUGAAUAGUACAGCAUCUUCUACUCUGACUCCACUGAGCGCCAAUAACACAGGCUUCUCUUUCACAUCUGGCAGUGGAUCUGUUGUCAGAAAUCCGGGAAUUAUCAGAAAACCUUCUUUGUCCAGACUUCCAUCCGGUACUUUUUCUAAUGCUGCAACAGAUUGGACCUUGACUCUUGAAAAAAAGCAGCAGUUUGACGCUAUUUUCGAUUCUUUGGAUAAAGAGAAAAAGGGUUCCUUAGGUUCUAACGUCUUAGUUCCAUUUUUUUUGACAUCGAAAUUGGGACAGGAUGUCUUAGCAACUGUGUGGGAUCUUGCUGAUAUUCAUAACAGUCCAGUUUUCACUAAGGUUGAAUUUGCGAUUGCAAUGUUUUUAAUUCAGAAGAAGAAUGCCGGGAUCGAAUUGCCAGAUGUUGUUCCUGAUCAAUUAUUAAAUUCGCCAGCUUUAGGUUUGUACCAUCAACAACAACAACAACAACAACAACAGCGCAUUAGUGUAGCAAGCACCGGAGAUGCUGGUCAAAAUUACCAAAAUUUUGCAGCUCCGGUUCAAGCUCAGAAAACCAGUAAUAGCGCUCUGGAUGACUUGCUUGGUCUAAAUGAAUCAUUCACUCCUCCGCCUCCAUCUCUUCCUUCCCAGCCACAAUCAUCGGCUCAGCCUUCAACACAUUUGGCACCAAAUGCUAGGAAAUUUAGACCUUCAUCUACAUUUGGACAAACCAUUAUCCCUGAAGAAGGUGGUAACGACCAGCAACAACAACAACAGCAGCAGCAGCAGCAGCAGCAGUAUAUGCAAACUGCUCCUACACACGUAGGCUCUGCAGCUCCUCCUCCACCACCCACUGCACGUAAUUCUUCGUUACCAAGUGUUCCAAACUUUGGAGGUGUUUCUGUCCCUUCGAGGGAAGUCACUUCUAACAAUCGUGAAAUUGUGCCACCGGCAUCGCUUUCUCAGGCCACUACUGAACUUGCAAAUCUCUCCACUCAGGUGAGUUCAUUAACGACACAAGCUACGAAAGUUCAUGAAGAGAAAACAGCUGCUCAGAAUGAACUUACUCGUAUAACUAACAUGAAGGCAUCGAUCGAGACUAAACUCAUUGGUUUGCGUGCGUCUUACAAUGAAGAAGUUCGUCAAACGGAGGAGAUACAGACGCAAUUGAACGCUCUUCGUGCACAAAACGAAGAGUUAAGUCAACAAGCUUCUGUUGCAGAGGCAAAUUAUCAUGCUGUGCAGACUCAGAACGAGGAUUUGCAAACACAGUUGCAACAAGCUCAAGAAGAGGAAAGGCAGUUAAAGGAGAGGUUGGCCCAGUUUAACACUUUGUCCUCUCAGUUACAGCAACAGUUGGCUGAAGUUCAAGAGAAUGCUAAAGCUGAAAGAUCCAGAGUCGAUAUUCAUGCCAAGCAGUUAGAACUUUCAGAGAUGACUGCCAACAAUCUUCAAACAGAAAUUCAAAGUCUUGAACAAACCCUUGGUAUCUACUUAUCAAAGCACAAAGAAUUGGAUGACUACAAAGCUACUAUUGAGGCUCAGCACGCUGAGAUGGAAAACAAACAUAAGCAAUACCUUGCAACUUCUGAAGAAGUACAUGCACGUGAAUUGGAAGUUCAAUCCAGAACAGCAGAGAUAGAAAAGCAGGAACAACUAUACCGUGAUCAAGUAUCGAGGUUGCAAGAACUAUUUAAUGAUUUGAAUAAAAGGAAGUCGGAGUUUGAAGCAGCAAAUGCAGAGUUUGAGAAGCAACAGUAUGACUAUGCCGAUAGAGUCCAAAAAUUCUCUGAGAAUCAAAUGAAGUUAGCCAUGGGAGAAACCCCUGAUGAUGAGUAUACAAACGAAUUGAUUCAAAAAAGACUGCAAAUUCAGACUGCCCAGCCAGCUGAGGAGGAGGAAAAACCAGAAAGUGUUUUCGACAAAGAUGUUCCAACUCCUGUCUCACAAACUGAACCUGACGAAGAACAAAAUCAACAAUUAGAAGAUGAUCAAUUAAGCGAGCAGCAAUUACAUGACCAGCAGGGUAAUGAUGAAGUUGCUGCCGAAGCGAUGGCAGAUUCUUUCGAAGGAAGUUUAAACGAAUACGGCAUCCCUAGAACAGAAUCUGUCACAUCGUCGACAGCCAACAAUCCACCUCAAUCAGUUAGAGACGAAGUCGAGAGUGAGCCAAAGGAAAACGCUGUCCUAGACAUUGAUCAACAGCUGGAAGAUGCUGAAAACAAUGAUAUUACUAAACAAGGGAGUGAAACUGUACAACCAGCUUCUACUGAUGAACCAUUACCAGGUGGAUGGUCUACUGGUUCUACGUUAGAAAAGGAUCAAAUAUCAGAUUCCGAUGCUGACUCGAUCAAGAAGACACCAAUUUUAGAGACACAAGAUAAAGUGUCAGAUGCCCAGGGCGCUGAAAUCGAUAUUCCUGCCAUCCAAGAUCUCAAACUUGAAGACACUCAAGUUUCUUCGGAGGAUGAAAAGCAUGAACAAGUCGAAUCUUCCGCCAAAAAUGUAUCAAGUAAACCUGAUACUCCUGAAUUUGUCAAUCAGUUCGAACACAUUACACAUCAAGAUCUUGAUGAGAAUGUUUUCCAUGACGCAAGCUCAGUCCAACCUUUUGAUAGUGAGGAAUCUGCUAAGGCACCGGUAGGAAAUGACGAAUGGGAUGAGAUUUUCUCUGGAUUAGGCAACAAUGGUAACACAAUUCAAACUUCUGACGUACCAGCCUCCGUUACUCCUACUCCACUCCAGCACCCAGUACCUAGUGCAGGUUCUUUGCCUCUCUCCAGCAUGUCCAAAUCGCCGAUUGAUAGAGGUAUUGCUGUAACGCCGAAAUCUUUGGCAAUCGAAGAGUUAAGCAGCAUGGGCUUUUCAAAGGAAGAAGCUACAAAAGCUCUUGAAAAAUGUGAUUGGGAUCUUGAUGAUGCCACCAAUUUACUACUUGAUGGUGCAUGA